AAAUAAAGCAUUUGUUCUCAUAAAUUUAUUACAAUACCAAAAUUACAAGCAGCAACAUAUCAAACUUAGGAAAUAUUGAAUAAUAAGUUUAAAAAAUAUUGUCUUCAACAUGAAUAUGGACAAUCAUUCGAAAAAUGUUUGCCUCAUAGGCGUUUUACACAUCCUGGGUUACAUAAUAUUUUCCCUGGAUCCUGUAACGAGAGGUAUUCGAUUUCUAAAUUCAAAUGAUAAUGAUAAUGUUACCCUUGGCAGCGAAACCAUUUUUCUCUUGGCCGUUGCUGGAUUUUUUUUAUUGCUGGCAAUUUUAGAGGGUGUAAUGAUUCGGGGUGUGAUUAAGCAACGUCAUUUAUUAGUGGCUCCUUUCCUAGUAAUUUUUUCCCUCUUGUUGGCUACCACCAUAAUUUUGUUAUUAAUACAUUUGAUAAUAGAAAUUCACGCAACACUUUACUAUAUCAAAGAUUUUUUGUAUAUAAUUGGAGUACAAAUCAUGUCCAUCUAUCCCAUUUACACUUUGUAUUCGAAACUUCGCUUAAGAUCGCUAAAGGAAAAAUCACUUGCAGAGAACGAAAAGGAGAGGAUGGCUUGUUGACGCAUUUUAAAGGACAUUUAUUACUGUUUAGUACAAAGUUUAUGUGAAUAAUUAUGUAGAAAUUUAAUAAUAUUAAUAAAAAAAGUGUCUUGCUUUAAA